AUUUGUGAUUGUGACAAUACAAUGUAGAAUUUUAUUUGAUUGUACAUGGAUUAUUGUUUUUAGAAAUUUUGUUUUCUCCUUUAGGCUAGCGUAGAUCAUAACUAAGGAUUUAAUUCCAAAUGCUAUGACAAAUAUUGAGGCGCUUCGCCUCCGCUCAAAAUGGUCUUAAAUGCUGCCGCUCAAGUUCUAAGGGAAGCAGAUGAUUUGAAACAAAAAGUUAUAAAAUGUCAUAAUGGCACUUCUAUGUUACAAGAUCGAAGCCUUUGGGCUACUCAGCAACAAUUGCAGAAGGCAUAUCAAAAAGUGUUGACCUUAGACCUAGAUUAUGCUUUGGAAAAGAAAGUGGAGCAAGAUCUUUGGAAUGUUGGAUUUAAGCAGCAAAUUGAGGCACUGCAAGCCAUAUCUAAAGAUAGGAAGAAUGCCCAACGUAGCGAGGCCCAAGGGAUGCUGUCUUGGGUGCUCCAAGCUGCAGCCGGCUUCUACCUGUGCCUGCUCCACCAAAUUUGCACCACAUACAAACUUGAUUUACCAUUUCGCCGUCGCGCGUCCCUCGUGGGCGCAGUGGAAGGCUGGGAGCCCACCGCUGGGAUCACACUAAACAACACUGCCGGUGUCGCAGCCGCGCGCUACGCGUGCCAACACUGCCUCGUGCACCUGGGGGACCUUGCGCGGUACAGGCAGCAGCUGCGGGUGGCCCACACCUUUUAUAGGCAUGCGCUUGCCGUGUCUGCGCACUCUGGACAACCAUAUAACCAGCUGGCGCUAGUGGCGUGGCGGCGUGGGCGUCGCCUCGCGGCAGUGUACUGGCACGUGCGCUCGCUGCUGGUGCGCGCGCCCUUCCCGCCCGCGCCCGCCAACCUCGCGCGCACGCUCGCAGCCGCCGCCUGCCGCGACGGCAAGGACGCCAGCCCGCUGCCCGUGCUGACCGGCGUGUCGGAGAGCAAGUCGCCGACAGUCAGCAAGUCGCGGCUCGACUCGCACUCGUACGUGGGCGAGCUGCUGCGCGCCUUGCACUACUUGCACACGGUGGAUCAACUGGAGAGUGCCUCGGAACUAGUCAAUACAUUGAACUCUUCCCUAUCGCCAUUGAUAGCUACAGACAGUUUUGAUUCCCUUACACUUAUAAAGAUGGCCUGCGUUAUAAUAUGGAUAGUACACUCGACCACAGAAGAUCUGUCGCUCGAAACAAACGCUCUAAGCGAAGGAGAAGCCACAGCUGCGCAGUUGGCGGGAUCACUUGCGGCCGCGACUGUACUUGCGUUACUAUUGCCUGCUUAUACCGCUGAACGACCGCCUGCUAAAGCCUUACCGACGUUAAAGAUAUUCCUGCAGUGGAUAGUAUGCAACCCUAAAGUAGUGAAGUCAUCUGCGUGGAAAUCCCGACCGCAGAUCUGGGCUGCGCUUGCGCACGUGUUCAACAAACUGGCUGAAACAGCCUCGUUGAGGGAUGAUAAGUUCGACCUCGUCCCCCUCCCGGAGGACGAGGAGCUGAACGGUUUCGUGCCGCUGGAGGGCGCGCUCAAGGGGCUGAAGUUCGCUAGUCACGCCGCCUGGCGCGACCUGCCCGAUGUUCAGCCUGAUGAGGAUACCGGCGCGGACGUGAGCAGCCUGAGCCUAGUGGGCGAGCCGGAGCUGGAGCAGCGCGUGCGCGCGCGCCGCCUGCUCGCGCUCGGCAAGCGGCUCGCCGAACUGUUCGCCGAGCAUAUCGCAUACACAGAGGACGAAGACACCAUAGUGUUCACGGCGAGCGAAGUGGGCGGGGAGCAACUGACGCAAGCUCUGGAGUCGUUGUCUAUGGCCCAAACGGACUCGAACCCGGAACCGAGCGAGGAGACAAGCACUGCCCCACCGCCCCCCGUGAUCAUAUCGGAAGCUGAUUUUAGGGAAAAGGUUCGUGAGAAGCGUGUGGGCAUCCUAAAGCCGCAGGGCUCGCUGGAGCGCGCGAGAGAAGAACGAGCACUAGCCACCAACACAUCGCCUACUGAGGAAAUAGAAAGCUGUGAAAGUGCCAAAGCUGAAGAUAAAAAAGAGUGCCGCAAGCCGCGCGUCAACAUCGCAAUGGCGGCCAUCAUGCGCAAACAGGAGGAGACUAAUAAACAGGUUAAAUUCGUAACUCCGCCUCCAACACCGGACUCAACAGGCGACGCCAAUGAGUCUAAAGAUGAUAAACCAAAAGUGAUACAACCGAAAGCGAUCAAGUCUCUCGCCAACAUUCCCAUUGGAAGAAAGACUGGAGGCAUUCUCUCCUUAAAGGACAAAUCCGCCGGCUACCCCCACCUUGUAAACGCAGAACCAGACAAGAAACCAGAAAAAGAUGAUAAAAAAGACCCUAAACUAUCACAACCUAAUCAAAACCAACAGAAAAGACAAGAUAGCCCAUGGAACAUGCCGCAGAACUACAACGAUGCGCAAAGAAUGAACUACCAGAAAAACUAUGGCAUACAAAACGCGGGGAUCAGUUAUAACCCGAGUUAUCAAAGUCCCAGUAACCAAGGAAUUAGGCUCCCAGUGGUUAAUCCAAAGGAAAUUGACGUCAGAACAGCGGCGUUACAAAAACAGAGUUCCCGCCAGGAUAUGUUCCAAGAUGGACACAAAUUUGCCAACCAAAACUACCAAGUUUCCGGGGAUAAGAAGAAUUUCUUGAACGAUCUGCCCCCACGAUUCGCAAACCAAUACAGAUAUUGGCAAGCGGCGCAAGAUAACCAAAAUGACAAUAAAUUUAGAGACGAAAACUUCAAAGCGAACACAUUCCCGCAGCGGCAGAAUUGGCCGAACCCAGAGCAGAAUUAUCAACAACCACUUUCCUGGUGGAAACCGGAACAGCCAAGCUUUAAUUCCAACUUCUCCGCUCCACCAUUAACCAUGCAAAAUGUGCCUAACUUCUAUUCCCAACUACCUUCUAACAACCCUUAUCAAAACGUACCCUUCAACCAAAUGCCGGGUCAAAACCUGCAAAACUUAGGUCAAAAUCUGAGUAUGGGUCAAAAUCCACAAAAUCUUCCGAAGACAGACAACUUAGUUCCCAAUUAUCUUCAAUCCAACAUUGGGCAACCGCAACUAUCUCUUCAGAAUUUGGUAAACACGCCAAACUUUAAUUCUCUAAAUAGCCUGACUUACAACCCAGUAGGUUAUGAUUCGUCCAUGUACCCUCAAUUUGGCAAAUUCAGUUACCCGCCAGUACAAAUGUUGGAUAAGCCGUUUUCUAAUGCUAAAGAGCAAAUGGGACUUAAUUUUUCAAAUCCUCUUGAUAUGCCGAGAGGGCUGGGUUACAAUGAGGCGUUCAAUCAAGAUAUGGGUGGUAUGAAGAAUUUGGAUAGUAUGAGGGUACAGGCGGGGGGCGAAGCGCCAGCUGACGGCAACACGUACUCGCUAUUUAGCGGAGCACCCGACUCAACGCCCGCACCGCUUCUACCCACACAGUCACUAUGGUCCGGACCCGGCUCGCCGCUAGAGAGACUGCUAGAACAACAGAAACAAAGCAAACACCCGCCCGCGCCUCACUGACAAAAACUUACAAUUUUAUUGUUAUAUACAAUGUUUGGAAAAUUACGCCUUGUUGUAAAAAUUGUAUUACACCUAAUUUUUUUCUUUUCAUACUUGUGAUGUAAAACAUCACGUUUUAUGAGUCAAAAUCAUUGAUGUAAAAUGUACAACUAGACUCACACUCAUUCUUAAAAAUUGUCCGAUGUAAAAUUCUGCCUACGCGUGUAAAGGCAGAGUUUUCUAAUGAGCGAUACAAUACACUUUGAAUUUAACUGCCCAGUAAUAAGGGGUUAAAUUCAAUUCAUGUUGCUAGGCCACCUUUUAACUCAAAUUGUGAGUUUAGUUGUUUAAAAAGUACGUCUAUCGAAAUGAGAUAUCAAAGGAAAAAAGGAAAAACGUUUCAAGUUGUUAACAAUUUUGUUGAGAGGUGAUAGAUACUUUAGCAUUUUUUAUACAAAUUUGUCUAUGACCAAUAUGUUGCAUUCUGCAGAAGUUUUAAAUACAGUUUAAAAAGUGUUGUAAUAGCUAGAUUUGAGUGAGAAAUGUUUGUGUGCAUAUUGUAGAGAAUUGUAAAGGUUUAUAUGGAUUGGGAAAUAUCGAAUAAAAUGAAUUUGCAUACCUAGCUGCUCAACUUUAGUUAAUUUAAAUUAAAAGACGUUAUUUUAUUCGAUAGUUCCCAUCCAGCAUUGUUACCUUCGUUCUAAGUGAAUCAAAGUCAGAAAUCAAGAUUGUAAAAACAUAUUUUGUAAUAAAAGUAUUUUUGUUAUA